CCUCACAACCUCCUCACAACCUUUGUAGAAUCUGUCGAAGUCGCUGAAAGUAGACUCGCGGACGGCCUAUGUCAGCGAUUCAGCGAUAUUAUAAUAUCCUGUAUUUUCCAUAGAAGAUGGCGUCUGAGCAGACCGUGCCACCCAUGCGUGGCCUCCCCAUCGCUUUUUACGGCACUGUCAUCCACUCUCUGGACGCCAACACUCUUGAAAUCCUGCAGGAAUGCUUUCUCAUUGUCGACGACAACGGCAAAAUCCAAAAGAUCGCUAAAGACACUCCGCGCUCGAAAAUAAAUGACCUGGUCGUUGAGAGCGGCUACACUCCCGAUGUCUUCCCCGUGAAGUAUCUCAGCAGAGGCGAUUUCCUCAUUCCUGGGUUUGUUGACACGCAUCACCACGCACCACAGUGGGCGCAGCGGGGUAUGGGUCGUGAUCAAACAUUAUUGGACUGGCUGAAUAACGUCACCUUUGCACAUGAACGGAAAUUCGAGGAUCCAGCAUAUGCAAGGAGAAUGUACGCAGCAUGCGUGGCAGCGGGGAUUCGCCAGGGCGUUACAACGACUGCAUACUAUGGCAGUUUACAUGGGGAAGCGACCAAAGUGCUGGCUGACAUCUGUCUUGAGCAAGGUCAAAGAGCGUUCGUGGGGAAGUGCAAUAUGAAUCGUAAUUCUCCGGACUGGUACCGUGAGGCUUCCGCGCAGGACUCACUCAAACAAACCGAAGACCUAAUCGCGCAUGUACGCAAGAUCGAUGCCGAGGGGAAACGAGUCAAGCCAGUACUGACACCCAGGUUUGCGAUUACAUGUGAUGAGGAAUUACUCUCAGGGCUUGGCCGUAUUGCUGCCAAUGACCCCGACAUUCAUAUUCAGACACACUUCAACGAAGCCCAAGAUGAAAUGCAGUUCACCAGGCAACUCUUCCCAAAAUUCAAGCACGAGGCUGACCUAUACGACCACUUUGGACUACUUGGUCCAAAGACCAUUCUGGCGCACAGCAUCUUCCUUGAGGAGGACGAAAUCAGCCACAUCAAGAGCAAAGGGUGCGGGAUCGCGCAUUGUCCAAUUUCCACAUCCACACUCGGAGAAUUCAUGAUGGCUCCAAUUCGGGAAUACCUUCGUCGAGGGAUCAAAGUCGGGUUGGGCACUGAUGUUGGUGGCGGGUUCUCAUGUAGUAUUCUCGAUGCCAUGCGUCAAGCAUUCAUCAUCUCUAAGGCGCGAGAGACGUUCAGUAAAGGUGCCGAUCCUGCUUUAAAACUGCACGAGGGUUUCUUCCUUGCUACCCUAGGUGGCGCUCAGGUAUGCGGUAUUGAUGAGAGAGUUGGAAAUUUUGUCGAAGGAAAGGAAUUCGAUGCAUUGGAAAUUCACACUAUCGACGCAGAACGAAAUAAUGAGAUCGGAUGUGGUAGCUUGGGGAUUGUCACGCCGAUAGAGGAUGACGAUUCGGUUGAGACUAUUUUUGAAAAGUUCCUUAUGACUGGAGAUGACAGGAACAUUGUAAAGGUUUACAUUGGAGGCUCGUCUCUAAAGAGAUAGUUUCUUAAUAUGGAAUUUCAUGUUAACAAUAUAUGGGCUAUUAUUUGCGAGGAUAUUUUUAAUUCCCCCUGAAGACUUCCAACUAGAAAGAUGGCUUAAAACUGUCUCUAUAUUAUAACUAGUCGACGACUAUGGGCAUACAACAACACUUAUCUUGUGUAAAUGAUAAAUCUGUGAAAUUUGAUGAGCUUUUAGC